UUUAUCUAUAAAACUGUGAAUGCAUUACGAGUUGAUGCACAUAAACCUGAAGAAGUAUGAAGAAACUGAUCUUUCCCUUUAUCUUGUUGAUCGCAAUAAGUGCUGAGCUUCAAACAGUUGCCGGGCGGCGCUGUGGUAAUCGACAAAUUUCUCGCGUAAUCGGAGGUUACAAUGCAGCUAGAUGGCCCUGGCAAGCAGAACUCUUGAAAAAGUCUAAAGAUGGCUCAUUUAGACACCUUUGUGGAGCCUCACUCAUCAAUGAUCAAUGGGUUGUCACGGCAACACACUGUCUCUUCGCAAACCCUUCACCGCAGAUGUAUAAAGUGAAACUAGGGGAAUACGACCGGUAUCUUCCUGAACCAAGCGAACAAGUUUUUGACGUGACUGCCGUUCGACUGCACCAAGAUUUUUUGACCAACAAAGAAUAUGGUUAUGACAUAGCAGUCGUAAAGCUUAGUAGAAAAGUGAAUAUGACUGGCUCGGUCAGACCAAUCUGUCUGCCGCCACCACACCAAAGAAUAGCCGUGGGCACCAUGUGCUAUUUAACGGGUUGGGGGCGAACAUCUUACGCAUCCGGAUCGGCGAGAAUCUUACAAGAGGUUCAACUCCCUAUUGUGAGCUUUGCUGACUGCCUUAGAGGCAACGGUCAUCUCCACUUUGUGGACAACUACACUAUGGUUUGUGCAGGAUUCGGAGGGAACAGUAUUGUCAGUGGCUGUAAUGGCGAUAGCGGUGGGCCACUUGUAUGUAACGAAGGUGGAAGCAUGUCAGGAUAGUCACUGGUACUGCGCACAAUGGGUCAAGAAAAACGUUUGCUUCUCUUACUAUUACAAAAACAUAUUGAAGAAGUAUUGUCCAGUCAGCUGUGGGUAUUGUAAUAGUUCUGUUAUCACCCGCUAGACCAAGACCCAUACCACACUCAUGACCGUCACCCAAAUCCUUAUUCAGCCAAUGACCGCCACCAACAUCUUCACCACAUCCCUAUUGCUGCCACCUAGAUUCUUGCCACGCCUAUGACUGCUACCUAGAUAUGAUCCUCGUCACACCCUUCAACGCCACAUAGAUCCUGAACACUUACGCCACCUACAUCCCGACCACACUUUUGACCGCCACUAGUUCCUGGCCACACUCAUGACUGCUACCUACUCAUGGCCACACGCAUAUAUGUCCGCCACCUUGAUCUUUACCACGCCCAUGACCGCCACCUAGAUCCUGACCACACUCUUGACCGCAACUAUGGUCCUAACCACACCCAUGACCGCCACUAGUUCCUGAACCACUCUUGACCGUCACUAUGGCCCUGACCACACCCAUGACCGCUACCUACUCAUGGCCACACCCUAGACCACCACCUAGAUCCUGACCACACUCUUGACCGCCACUAGUUCCUGACCACACCCGUGACCGCUACCUACUCAUGGCCACACCCUUGACCGCCACCAAGAUCCUCGCCAAGACUAGGAUCACAACCUAGAUCCUACGCCUCUCAUGAUGCACGUCCAUAGCUCAAACCUAAAACAAGACACGUUUAUGGUUACUGCUUACACCUUAACCAUUACCAGGCUCAUGACUGCUAUACCUCGACCUCACGCUACUUCUUUCGGCCAAACCUAGAACAAGACGCCUAACACACAACGUCCAUGAUCGCUUCCGAGAACUGUCACCAUACCCUUAACUUCAACCUUGAACAAGACGCUUUCUACGACCAUGUCCACGACCUAGAUCUCUCACCUUGCGCUUUUACAUAGAACAAAACUAUAGCCUGUACUAUAACAGGUACUUAUAUCUUUACCCCCAUUACGUCCAUAUAUUUAAUCUAGAAAGGGACUCAUAUCACACCCAUAACCAAUUCAUAGACUUCUAAUGUCCAUGGAUUUAACCUAAAACAAGACUGUAGGCUGCCUGUUACUUAAACCUUGACCCUUACCUCGACCAUGGCUAUGACAAGUCGCUACCACGCCCUUGACUAUCUACACCUUUCCACAUGGCAAGAGGUCCCAACUAGAACUAGACUCUAACCUGUCAAAGACCUUCAACGUCUCCACCUCUUGCCCACGGUAUCUAGGCCCUUAAUAUGUCUAUGGCCCCAAUAUAAAACAAGGCUCCAGGCUGUGACUGUUACUCAUACCUCGACCCUUGCCUCGGUUAUGGCUAUGUCAAGUCGCUACCGCGCCCCUUACCACUAAAUAAACCUUUCCAUAUUGGAAGAGGUCUAACCUAAAGUAAGGCUCUAGACUGACUGUACUUAUACCUUGACCCUUACCUUGACCAUGGCUAUGACAAGACUCUACCGCGCCCCUUACCACUACCUAGACCUUUCCACAUGGCAAGAGGUCCAACCUAAAAUAAGGCUGUAGGCUGACUGUACUUAUACCUUGACCCUUACCUCGACAUGGCUAUAACAGGUCGCUACCACGCCCUUGACCACUACCUAGACCUUUCCACAUGGCAAGAGGUCCAAACUAGAACUAGACUCUGACCUUAGACAGAACUUCAACCUCUCCACGUCCAUUGCAACUGCAACGUGGCGUCGUAACAUGCCCAAGGCUCCAACCUCGAACUAGUCACUUUCCACACGCAUUACAAAUUUUUAAACCUUCGGCCUUACUUUUGGAUCCAACAAAAAACUUGUCUUUACCUGUUACUGUCAAACACAAAUGCCUUCACCUUUGACACACCCAUGCCAACUGGAUCUAGGCUCUUAUAUACCAUGCCCACGAUUGAUACCAAAAAUUCUUCCCCUAACGCGCUCAUGAGUACACGAUAGACUUUAAUCUCUAAAUCACACAGCAAUGCAUAGAAACCUUUUCCCUCUUACUUUAACCGGAUUUGAGCAGCUUAACUAUCUAGACAUUCCCAAUCUAAAAUCAUGAAAUAAAUAAUAUGUGAAUAUGCAUAGAAAUGAAAAGAAAAAAAUGGGAUUCCAAAAUCUAAUUAGCGCUUGAGAUAUAAAUUGUUCCCUGACUGUAUCAUGUUAUAGUGAUUAUCCAUGUAUGUACAAACCGAGCAAAUCAGAAAUGUAAAGAAACUCAAUAAAGCAAGCUUGAUUGAAGUGCAAAA